AUGGCCAUAACUCUGGUGUCCUCCAGCUACCCUCAGCCACGCCUCCGACCCAUACACAGUUCUAUCAUUCCUGUUAUUUUGUCUGCUUCCAGAGGCACCUCUCCAGGCGAUCCAGGAGACAAGCGGGAGUAUUGGGAGGUUCUCUGGCCCUCCAUCUCGCUCCGUGAUCGGAGCAAGCAGAUGAUGUCAGCCCCAGACUUUGGUGCGGCCAAGAGCAAGGCAGAGCUCCUGGGGGAGCAGUGGCUCCCAAUGGUGGGCCAGUCGCAGAUGGACGAGGACAUGGCCAAGGGCUGGCUGGGUGACUGGGCUCUGCAGGGAUCUAACAAUGAGGAGUGGAGGAACAUCGUGGUGGCAGAUGAUGCAGCGUUCAGGGAGAAGAGUAAGCUGCUAACCGCCAUUUAG